AUGCGAAGCUGCCCAAUCGAGUGGACGUGGCAUGGGGUGCUCCAGCAGGUGCUCAUCCUGCUCGUGUGCCGGGUGCCCGACCUCCUCCUCCUCCACAAGCGACACUUGGUUGCGUCGCCAUUGUUCUGGGCUGGCCUGGACAAUGCAGCGCAUGGCCUGCUCGCCUUCAUCCUCUGCUUCAUUGCUGCGAACGGCUCGCUGUCGGGCCUCCUCGCGCUCAAGACCACCGCGUUCGCCCUGUUCCCUGCGUCAUCGUCAACCAGCAGCAAUAGUAAUAGUACUAAUAGCAAUGCUAGCAGCAAUAGCAAUAGCAAUAGCAAUAGCAAUAGCAGUAGCAGUAGCUCGUCAGCGUCGUCAGCGUCGUCCUCGUAUCAGCCGCAUACAGCUGUCAAUCUGAGCCAUCUCCAUCCGUCAACGCCAGUCGGCGUGCUGGCAAUGAUACAGGCUCCGUUUGUCUUCCUGGCAAGUCCGCGUGCCAAGGUGCUGUUUGCUGGACCGGUCGGGUUGGCCAUUCUGUCUGCGUUCCUCGGCUGUGCAAUGGACCUCGACCACUUUAUCACUGCGCGGUCGAUGCGAAUUCAGGACGCGACAAGUCUGCCACGACGACCAUUCGCACAUUCAGUCACCUUUGCGGUCGCGUUCGCAAUAGCUGCGUACAUGGUGCCAACCAUCCUGCAGCGAAUUCACCGGCAGCCACAGAGCGACCUCCCAACGCAGCUUUUCGGGGUCGUUUUGGUUGCCAUGCUCUCGCACCAAAUACGGGAUGGAUCGCGACGGGGUCUGUGGGUUCCUCCCUUUGGCGAAACAGCUCCUCUCCCGUUGAUUGUCUAUCUUGGGCUCGAGCUCUUGCUUCCAGUGGUAAUGCGACCCAUCUUUGCCAGGCGCAUUUCGAUUGCCGCGCCGCUCAUGACUUCAGUUUAG